AGAAGGAGGAAGACAUCUAACAGCCUGGGGCGGGCAGCAUGAGAUGAAGAGCUCUCAACUUGGCCAACAGCUGUAGAUACAUCUGAACAAACAGCAGUGUUUAACAAAGUAUGGGCCCAAUGCUUUGUGCCCUAAGUGCCAUCCCAGCCAGGUGAAAGCUCCUUUGUGCAAAUCCACACCAGCAGUCUCCUUCCGACUGGGUCACUUCCCAGCCCCACCCAGCGUGUUUUGCUCCCUGCACAUGCCUGGUACCAUCCUGCUCGUUUCCGGCAGACCUCUGCUCUGCUUGAGAUGGGAGCAUUGUGUAAUGCCGGUAUAACCUCCCCCGCUCCUCUAGUCUGUAUGGUACGACGGGCAGGCAGAGGUUGUGGGGGUAAACCCAGUGCCAACACUGGAUGCACCUAGUGCAUUCAGAUGUAUUAGUGUGUGGGAUGGAUGUCUUUUCUCUCCCAGGAAAGAUGAGUUCCAAAGGGGUGGGUUUCCUUUUUAUUCCAUCUUAAGCUGAGGCAUUAAAUGAUUGCUCUGAUGGGACCCAGGCACCUCUGGGCUUCUUGCCCAGGAGGUCAUGCUUUCCUGUAACUUCCUCUUCUUUACAAGCAACUGAACGGAAGAGUGUUGUUCUCAGAGCACGCCUCAGAGCUGCCUUGUUUUCAGUUUCACUUCCCUCUCCUCCCUCUGCCGUUGGGAGGAGCACUGAUGGUGGGGUGAGAGUCUUGCUAGAGUCUUUUAUUUUCACUUAUGGUUCUCUCCACCGGAUGGUCACCUCCUGAAGAUGUUCGGGAGAGCAGCUCUCUCCUUUCCAACCUGCUUUGUGCUGUCUUUGGCCACACUUUUCCUGUCGCAGUUAAUGGCCAGCAGCCUCAACCCCUGUGUGGAGGAGAUCACCAACGUAACUUACAGAUGCAUGGAGUUGAACCUCUCUGGAGUUCCCGCUGAAAUCCCACCUUCCACCCAGAACUUGGAUCUGAGUUUCAACCCACUGGAGUCACUGACCUCAAAUUAUUUCUCAGCAGUCCCUGCACUGAGGUUUCUGGACCUCACUAGGUGUCGCAUCCAGACAAUUGAAGACUAUGCUUUUGAGGAUCUUCAUAACUUGCUCACCUUGAUUCUGACUGCAAAUCCCCUCUGGCAUCUGGGUCCAAAAGCCUUCUAUAGUUUGACAUCCCUGCAAAAGCUGGUAGCUGUGGAAGACAACAUAUCCUCGCUAGCUGACCUGCCCAUUGGACACUUACAUACUCUGCAGGAACUGAAUGUGGCCAAGAACAAUGUCGACUCUUUGAAGCUCCCCAAAUAUUUCUCCAACUUGACUUUUCUCCGAUUCCUGAGCCUUCAAUCGAAUAAGGUCUCAUCUAUCUCCACAGGAGACCUGGAUGUUUUGCAAGGAGAGAAGGGGCUCAACCUAACAUUAGUGCUUUCUAUCAAUGAUAUAAAAUACAUUCAGCUGGGCUCCUUUGAGGGGAUUCAUCUUCAUGAGCUGUCUCUGAGGGCUUGUUUUGAGAACACCAGUGUUAUGAAGGUUGGCAUCCAAGGCCUUGCUGGCUUACAGGUCAACAGACUAGUUCUUGGAGAGUUCAGGAACAUUCGGAGAGUGGGGGACUUUAGUAAUGGGCUCCUGGAUGGACUGUGUCAGGUGCAGCUUCAGGAGUUUGUGUUCAUUUGCUUCGAGAGGUUUUAUAAUUGCACAGACACUCUCUUUGACUGCCUGGUCAACACCUCCAUUAUUCGGAUGGUGGAUAUCUACCUCAACCAGGUGUCAGCGGUCCCUACUGCCUCCAGACUACACCAGCUGGAAUGCAAGACCUGCAAGUUUAGUGAGGUGCCUGCCCUGAAGCUGUCCUCCUUCAAAGAGCUGAGAGUGCUUCGGAUCACCAAAAGCAAAUACCUCACUGGCUUCCUGCAGACAUUUGUGGAUCUGCCUAACCUGGAGGUCCUGGAUCUGAGUGAGAACCGGCUCAGCUUCAUUCAAUGCUGUGCCUUUUACCUGUCUGGGACCCCAAAGUUGAAGCACUUGAACCUGAGCUUCAACUCCAAAAUCAGCGUGUCCGGAAGCUGGAAUGUCAAUGAGCUGGUGUCUCUGGACUUUCAGCACUCGAAGCUGAAUGGUCCUGGCUCCUUUCCUGUCUUCCUCUCCCUUGGGAAACUCAUCUACCUUGAUAUUUCCUACACCAACACUCAUGUUGAGUCCCAGUGUGCGUUCUGUGGCUUAGAGUCCCUGCAAGUGCUCAAGAUGGCCGGCAACUCCUUUAAGGGCAACAACCUGGGCGACAGCUUCAUGAAACUGACCCAGCUGCUCACCCUGGAUGUUUCCAGCUGUAAUUUGAUACAGGUGUCUCUGAGCGCAUUUUCUACCCUUGGUAAAUUGCAAAAGCUAAACAUCAGCCACAACAAGCUGCUGACCUUUGACCACCUGGCCUACAAGCCUCUCCAGGCCCUCACUGUCCUGGACUUUAGCAGCAACCAGCUGACUGUCUUGACAGAAAAGGCUCUGGAGAGCCUGCCGAGCAGCUUGGUCCACCUGGACCUCUCUUGCAACCUGUUUGACUGCUCCUGCAGCCACCUGAGUUUCGUGAAGUGGGCCAAGGAGCACGGGGAGCUGCUGUGGAGCACCGAGCUGAUGGUCUGCAACAGCCCCGAGCACCUGAAGAAUGUGAGUGUGCUGAACUUUGACCUCUCCUCCUGCCAACUCAGUCCCGUUCUGAUGGCCAUCUAUGUGGGCCCGGCCCUCGCUGGAGCUCUGUUCUUGUUCCUCCUUUACAAAUACUACUUCAACCUGUACUACGGGCUGGUACUGCUCAGCGGAUGCCGGCGGUAUGCGGACAGGGAUGACACCUACGACGCCUUUGUCAUCCACUCCAGCAAGGACAUUGAGUGGGUGAGACAGGAGCUGGUCGAGACCUUGGAGGGGGGAGUGCCCCCCUUCCACCUCUGCCUCCACUACCGGGACUUCACGCCGGGGGUGCCCGUUGCCUCCAGCAUCAUCCACGAAGGGUUCCUGAGCAGCAGGAAAGUCAUCGCGGUCAUCUCCGACCACUUCAUGGAGAGCAAGUGGUGCAGCUUUGAGCUUGAGAUCGCCCAGUCCUGGCAGUUCGUGGAGGGCAGAGCUGGCAUCAUCCUGAUUGUCCUGGAGGAAGUGAACAAGGCGCUGCUGAGGCGCAAGCUGGGGCUGUCCCGCUACCUGCAGAGGAACACCUACCUGGAGUGGAAGGACAGGGAAAUAAGCAGGCACCUCUUCUGGAGGCAGCUGAGGACGGCCUUGCUAGCUGGCAAAACAGAACCAGGAAGCGGGGGAAACUAAUGGGAACAAACUGUGAUGGUGCUUCCCCGUUCCUUGCUCUCUCUGCCUGGCCCUGGCUGAAAGCCGGGGUUCAUGAGCUGGGUCUCCAGGAGUUGUUUCCUUUGGAGCUGGAGGAAUUUAAUUCUUCUGAAGUGCAAGAGUGGGGACCCAGUGAAACUGUAGGCCAGGGUGGGCAAACUUUUUGGCCCAAGGACCACAUCUGGGUAUGGAAAUUGUAUGGUGGGCCAUGAACGCUCACGAAAUUUGGGGUUGGAGUGUGGCUGGGGAUGAGGGCUCCGGCUGGGGGUGUGGGUUCUGGGGUGGGGCCAGAAAUGAGGAGUUCAGGGUGCGGGAGGGGGCUCCGGGCUGGGGCAGGGGUGCGGGUGAGUGGGUGAGCUCUGGGGUGCAGGAGGGUGAGACCGAGGGUUUGGAGGGUGGGAGGGGGAUCAGGGCUGACGAAGGGGUUGGGGCAUGGGAGGGGAUCAGGGGUGCAGUCUCUGGGUGGCGCUUACCUCAAGCAGCUCCUGGAAACAGCGGCAUGUCCCCCCUCUGCCCCAUCCACAGGCGCCACCCCUGCAACACCCAUUGGCCCCAUUUGCUGGCCAACGGGAGCGGCACUUGGGGCAGGGGCAGCGUGCGGAGUUCCCUGGCUGCCCCUUAUGCAUAGGAGCCAGAGGGGGGAUGUGCUGCUUCUUCCAGGAGCCGCGCUGAGCAGGUCAAGCUCCCGAUCCCACUCCCCGGCAGGAGCUCAAAGGCCAGAUUAAAACAUCUUAAAGGCCAGAUGCGGCCCCUGGGCCGUAGUUUGCCCACUCCUGCUCUAGGCCCUUUGUUCAGCAGCCUCCUCUAAGGGAGAGCUUGCGAACUAAGGUGUCAGGUGCAGCUGGGAUGCUUCCACAUGGACAGGCUGGCCUGACGGCCAUCGGUGGCCACAGCCAUUCCAAGCUGGUCUGGCCUUGGGAUGAGAGGCAACAGCCCGGCGGUAGUGCUUUCAUAAGGGGACGCUUUUGCCUGGGAUUCAGUCCACUCACAGUGUUAUGGGCAGGGGCAAGUAAGCUCUUUUGAAGAAUUGGCCCUGACCCUCCAAGAGCGGCCGCUGCAGAGCAUUGGUGGUAGCUCUCCGGUCCACAGCCACCUGGCCCCAGCAGAAGGUAGGGCCGCAGGGGGCCUGCCCUUACUUCCACCGCUGGCAUAACGGGCCCUACCCCAGUGGAAGAUCAGAAAUAACAGCGCUCUGCUCUGCCUGGCCUUGAUACACCCUCUCCUCCCCAUUCUGCUGGGGCAGGGGAGGUGUGACUGGGACAGGAAGUGAGGUCUCUGCCAUCGAUGUCACGGCUCAGCCCACGUCUGAAUUUGGGAGCCGGUGGGAUGAAGUGGCCUGUUGACACAGCGACAUAUGGAAUCACUGUCCAGCGUUCCGCUGUUAGGUUAUAUGGGGUGGAUCCUUGAUCGGGAAGUUUUGCCUUUCGUUCAAUGGCAGCGGCUUUGGCCUUUAGUAUAAUGCUGUAGCAGAGCUUAGGCCUGUAAGAAAUGAGAGGAAGGGGAGAGGUGCAUGGCUGAAUGCAAUGGAGAACUGUAUAUGUCCUACUGUUGGGAGAAAUAGGGGCCAGCAAAGCCUACAGCCCCCCCGAUUGACUAGGAAUGAUGGUGGCUGUUAGGGGGCUUAUUCCUUCACCUACUUCCUUCCCUGGUCCUUCUCGCAUGAACAAAGAGCAACAAUACCCGAAGUCCAAAGGUGCAAACAAUUCGAUAUUUAUUGGGGUGAACUUCCAGCAAGCAUGAUUCCAGUUUCCUUCCUUAGUAUCCUCCUUCCCAGCUCUGACACCACAGAGCCUUACACCUGUGUCCCUGUUCCCAUUCCUGCCCUUAGCCAAACAUGAUUCCAAUUUCCCCACUCCCACUCCCCCUUUUAGCAAAACAUGAUUCCAAUUUCCUUACCCCUAUUCCCUGUUCCCAUUUCCCCUCUUUAGCAAAACAUGAUUCCAAUUUCUCCACCCCCAUUCCCUGUUCCCAUCUCUCCCUUUAGCAAAACAUGGUUCCAAUUUCUGCACCCCCAUUCCCUGUUCCCAUCUCCUCUCUUCUCAUUAGUUCCAUAGGGCUUGUGGGGACCACCUUAGCUGCCAUUCCAUUUCCAGGUACCACGGUAGCUAUUACACAGGUGCUGGCCUCCUAGUUGAGCAUUUUGUAUUCCCAUACACAUCUUCCCCCCCGAGGUCAGCCUUUUGAAGCCAUCCCCCACCCACAUCAUGAGAUUUUUCUGUUCAUUAAAACACAACAAUGCUAGCAACAAGACAGACACCACAAACAAACAACACAAAACAUAGAUCCAUGGUAUUCUGAGUUAUUCUUCCGCUGGCGCCAGCUUGCUUGUAGAGUGUCUGAAAAACAAAAGAAACAAUUUCCACCCCCCUGGUGGGGACAGAUUAUUGCUUAAUAAUAAUACCACUUUCUUUUACAAAUUUCCUUGCUAAUUGCAGGAAAAACAGAAGAAUUACCUCCAGGCUGUCCUUAUUUUGUUCUAUAGUCAGGCUGUUCUAUAGUCAGGCUAGUGAAUUACCCCACUCACUGGUCAUUUAUGAAAUUCAUGAGGUGGUGUACCUCAGUUUCCCCUCUUGUACAACAGACCAUGUUUGCAAUAAUUUCUCUGCUGUACCAAGCAUUAAGUUUAUUCUCAGGUAAUAGCUGAGAGACAGCUUCAGAUUUUAGCACUGUGCACACACACACACAUACACACCCCUUAAGGUUACGCUCUUGGGGCAUGAGUUACCCAAUGGAAUCUUGCUCUUUAUACAGCUGGAUGGAAGGUUUUGGGUGUGAAUCUGAGAGUCAGUCCAGUUUGACUAUGGUGUAACCCUGCUGAAAUCUGUGACGUUAUCCCAGCGUAAACCAGGCAGGGUCCCGUGAGGAAUCAGAUUUAUCAUUUAGUCAAAAUGAUGGCCUGAUUCUCAUCUCACUCAGGUGCAAAUCAGGAAUAUUUCCACUGAAGCCAGGUGUGAGUGAGAUCAGACUCACGCCUUAUAUUUGCAGAAGCCUGCUCCCAGGGAGGACCCAGUCUCAGUGGGUGGCUUGUGCUGGCAUAAGCCCAAUUCCCUUUACCUCCCAAUGUGCUGUAUCACUACUCACCAGUGACACAGUUACCUCUCUAGUGUCUUUGUGUUUCAAGAGAGGAACUGUGUGCAAAAUACUCUAAUAAAACUGGACUCAUGCUGCAUUUGCAUCGUGCAGUGAGUUUCUCUCCAUUUUGCAUUUGCUAAGUACUGUUGCAGUCAUUUCCAGAGUGCUCUGUCUCUUACUUCAGGCAUUACAGACAGUCCGGGAGCGCAGCGGCUUGUCAAACAAA